AUGCAUCACCAUAUCUUCUUCAUGGUGAUUCUGCUUUCGUUCAAUGUGUUGAUACAAUCUCGAGUUGAACCAAAAAGAAACAGUUUCACUAUCGAUCUUAUCCAUCCCGAUUCAAUACUAUCACCCUUUUAUAACCGUUCUAUCACUCCAUCAGAACUCAUAAGGAAAGCUGGCAUGCGUUCUCUCAAUCGAGUCAACUACUACUUCAAUUCAUCUAGGCAUGCUAAUCCAGAAGAGAAUAUCGAGUCACCGGUGAUUCAUGACGGAGCGGACUAUCUCGCGGAGAUUUACGUUAGUCCUACUCUAAAACAAAAGGUGUAUGCUGUGAUAGGUACGGGAAGUGAACUUAUAUGGAUACAAUGCAAACCUUGUAAGAAUUAUAACGAUGAGGAUGUGGCACUCUAUGAACCCAGGAAUUCAGAGACCUACAAAGCACUUUCCGACAGUGAUAAGAUUUGUCAGGAUUUGGAGUUUACAAAGUCUGCAGGGAGAUCAAAGAAGUGCAAAUACAGAUAUUCUUACGAGAAAAAUGCAUUUACAGUCGGAAUUCUGAGCACUGAGACCUUCUACUUUAAGCCCACCACCAAGGGCAAACCGAUAUCCUUCCCCAAAUUAGUGUUUGGGUGUAGUCACAUAAACAACGUUAAGCUGAUCAGUAGCAAAGUUCAAGGUGUGAUUGGUCUUGGUCUUGGAAGUGGGAAGUUAUCGUUUGUUUCUCAACUAGGAGACCGAACUGAACAUAGAUUCUCCUACUGUCUUGUUCCACUGUCGGAAAACACAGCCGCUAGCAAACUUAGUUUUGGACAUGAAGAAAAAAUCUCGGAUGCAAGAGUCUCAACCUCAUUUGUAUUCAAAGAUGAUAAACCCUAUUACUACCUUAGUCUUGAAGGUAUUACCGUUGGAUUUUAUAAGAAAGUAAGGAUAGAAGAAGAGCACCGGAAUAUCAUAAUCGAUUCUGGGACGCCCAUGACAGUACUGCAUUCAAGCAUAUAUGAUCCCCUGGAACGUGCACUUAUCAAGGUGAUUGGUCUGAGUCCAAAGAAAAUAGACCCAACUGGACCAUUUACUUUGUGCUAUGAUACUUGGCGUAACCUCUCCUAUCCCAACCUGGUAUUCCAUUUUCCUAAGGCAGAUGUUCAUUUAAAACGGGAAAACACAUAUAUUCGGUAUUUGGAUUAUACCUGUGUGACCAUAAUUCGAUAUGAUGGUAUUUCUAUUUUUGGUAACUCGGCUCAAAUAAACUUUCAAGUAGAAUAUGAUCUCAUUGAGAAGCAAGUGUCUUUUACGCCAACAGAUUGCACCAAAUUUGGAAUCAAGGUGUAG